GUGCCCCAUGGGGCUCGUUGGGACUGAGUUCCAGGUGGUGUUCGAUCUCCCACCAGGGCUUUAUCAGACGGGCGCAUGGACGGCAAUGCAUCUAAGGUUUGUUGCAGUAGUUGAGUUGUGGUGGAUGGCCAUCGAAGGUGCUGGCUCAAUGUAUUGUAUUCGAGCAUGAAUGAACGGAUGAACAAGUGAAGUACUCCCGAAAAUACUUGUCAUCAAAAUGAAUAAAAGGGGAUGUAUCUAGAUGUAUUUUAGUUCUAGAUACAUCUUUUUUUGUCCAUUUUGAUGACAAGUAUUUUCGGACGGAGGGAGUACGUAGUUAUCAUUGACACACAAGUGAGAAUGUAGCCGGUUCUUGGGUCGAGCUAUUUUAUGUGCACAAGCUGUAUCCAUUUUGCAAGUAGUGUGGCAGGCAGAGAGCUUUCAUACAGAUUUACAGUUAGUGAGCUUAGCUGGUGAUCUGACAUUAAUUGCACGCAGUGAUUAAAAUCUGCAUAUGGAUGACGAGUGGUGGUUUACUGAUGUCAGAUACCUUUUAACUGUUACGCUUCUAUGUGACCCUUUUGCUGCUUUAGAUGACUGUCUUGCAGUGUGGCAGGCAGUAGCCGUAUGAAAACUCUGGUUAGACAUAGGAUCACAAGGACUAGGUCUGGAAUCAUGUAAAAUUGGCGUACAGUGAUUUUGUUUUGUUUUGAGGAAUGCCUAACAUAAUUGAUGUCUUGUUUGAUAACAUAUGCUACUGAAGUUCUAUGAUUGUAGGCCCUGUGCACUAGCAGAUAAACCAGGUAUGGUCGUAAUAAAUGACAUCUUAGAUUUAGUGCCAGAUACAUGCCAUAUUUUUAUGUCGAAACGAUAGUAGCUAACAACUUCUGAUAGUACCACCACUCGUUGUAGAGCAUGCUGCCAAAAAAGCGGGAAAUCAAAAGUUGACCUGUUACAUUUACUAUUUGGAGUUUGAGGGGAAAGACUGUUAUUUCAGCUGCACCAUUGACAUUCCUAGUUUUGCACUUUGACCUGUACAAAAAUUGUAAGGACUCAACUUACCCAUUUUCAUGGUUUGAAGUCUUACAUGUUUCAAAGCCAUAGACAUGCGCAUCUAUCUAGUGAACUUAAUAGGUAGGGAGUUAUUAAUCUUUAAUGCUAAAAAACAAAUCAGGACAAGAAGCUGCUGUUCCAUGUCUCCAUAACUCCAGACAAGAAGUUGAAGAUGUUAUGUAACGGGCUUAACGGCUGCUCUAGAUUUGAGUAUACAACAUCAAUGCCUGUAAUGCCGUUUGUAAUUUGCAGUAUGUUGUGACCAGGUUUCCUUUUUUAGUUUUUUGCCAUUUAUUCCAUCUUUUCUUGGGUUAUUACUAAGCCUCUUUUCUGCUGGAAGCUAUUAAUACUUGAAUUGUACCAAAUUUGUCUGAUUUGCCAUGCAUUGAUAUCCCUUUACCUUGUUACUUAGCAAUCCAUAAGAUCUUUCAAAAUUAUUGCCUAAUUAAUUAUAACCAUGGAAUCUUGCGCAUACUCAAUAUUGGGUUUUGUAUUUUGGCUGUUUCGCUUCAAGAUUUAGCACCUUCUAUUUCUGCAAAUGCAGCCAAGCAUGACUAUAAUUAUAAAGCCCUUUGCUGCUAUUCUUUUACAACUCACUCUCUAUGUAAUUGUAGGAAACAUUGCGUUUAUGCAGCAAAUUCACUCACUUGUUAUUGAACAUUCUACCAUUUAUAUCCCUAUAAAGAUGUCAACUUGUGGUGGCGGUCUGGCCACCUUUGGGCUAUGCCACCUAAUGGAUCUGGCAGAAGCAGAUAUAGUUCGUCGGAUCUGUCCCAGAUUUGUUUAAAUCUGUAGCAAUAUGGGCAUUGUGCUAGUGACGUUCCCAAUGUGGUUCUUUAUAGUUCCGUUCUUAGGUUAGGAAGCAACUCAAACAUGAUCUUGCGCUGGUAAUUUUUUUUGCAGAUAGUAUAUUCCUUCUAUGCUUUCUGUACCAGUGCCCCACUACUUUCGUACAAUAUUCUCCAGCUUCUGUGUUUUAUUAAUGCAUAUGCAUACAUAGAUGUGGUCUUUUGGUUCAAUUCAGUACCGCUUUUUGGUGGAUGGUGUCUGGAGAUGUGAUGACACAAAACCUGUUGUACGUGAUGAAUAUGGCCUGAUCAGCAAUGAAAUGCUUGUCACACUUGUGGAGAAUAAUACACACCCGGCUGUACAGCUAGAGCAAUCACCCGUUAGAAGAAUGAAUUUGGAUGAGGGUACUAUCUUGACAACAAUGCCACCAGAACCACCAUCUCGAAACUCGGGCAUGCAGAUUGCAGUUUUCCGCCAUCGGGUCUCUGAAAUACUAUUACAUAAUACCAUAUAUGAUGUUGUUCCUGUUUCUAGCAAGAUAGCAAUUUUGGAUGCUCGGCUUCCUGUCAAACAAGCAUUUCAUAUUAUGCAUGAUGAGGGCCUUGCUUUGGUUCCUCUUUGGGAUGAUGGCCAAGGAACCGUAACAGGCAUGCUAACUGCUUCUGAUUUUGUAUUAAUUUUGAGAAAGUUGCAGAGGAACAUUCGAGUUCUGGGCCAUGAAGAGCUUGAAAUGCAUUCAGUUUCUGCUUGGAAAGAAGCAAAACUGCAGUAUUAUGGAGGGGCUGAUGUCGCAGGCAUGCAAAGAAGGCCAUUAGUUCAUGUUAAGGAUUCGGAUAAUUUAAGGGAUGUGGCACUGACUAUAAUACAAAAUGAAAUAUCUUCAGUCCCUAUCUUUAAGUCCUCAACGGAUAUAUCAGGGAUACCGUUACUUAAUCUUGCAACUCUUCCAGGGAUUUUGAAAUUUCUUUGCUCAAAGCUCCAAGAACAACCAGAAGGUUAUCCCAUUUUGCGAAAUCAGAUUUCCAGUAUUCCUAUUGGUACAUGGUCGCAGCAUACUGGAAGGGCAAGUACUAGACAGCUUAGAACAUCGGGGCUGAGUGCUCCUCUAAUUACUUGCCUGGAUUUUCUUCUGGAAGAUAGAAUAAGCUCAAUUCCUAUAGUUGCUGAUAAUGGAUCCCUUGUUGAUGUCUACUCACUCAGUGAUAUCAUGGCUCUGGCGAAGAAUGAUGUUUACGCUUGCAUUGAACUUGAGCAAUUGACCGUGGAGAAUGCUUUGGAGCUGCAAUAUCAGGUGAAUGGGCGGAGACAGUGUCAUACCUGUUUGAGCACGAGUACGUUGCUCGAGGUGUUGGAUCAAUUGUCUGUUCCAGGGGUGCGGCGGCUUGUCGUUAUUGAACCGAUGACUAGAUUUGUGCAAGGAAUUAUCUCAUUGAGAGACGCAAUAACAUUUCUCCUUGGAUAACAUUUGUGUAGCCAUUUCAUACAUGAAAGCCUGUUGUAUUUGAUUGGGACAAAAUAAAAAUGUUGUUUUGGCAGAUGCAGGAGUUGUUCAUAUCUUC